UCUUCGAACUUGUUGUGUUGCAGCAGGAAACAAGCGCUGAAUGCUGUGUUGUGUGCUGCAGUAGUUGUCGACUCCACAAUACGAGCCCCGUCUUAUUAUCACAGCAGCAGCUACCCGCCCAGAUAGGAUGAGUUCCUCGGCCGCCGGGAAGGGCGAGCUGCUAGGCCAUUCGACGUGGCACCCGGAGGCGUCGUCCGCUGCCGAAGCAGCGCCUCGCCCGAACGGUUUGGUCCAGGAUGGAGCGAGCACGUCGCUUAACAACUCCCCAGAGAGGGCUAGGCGCGCCGCACCCAAGAAGUCGGGGUUCAACAUGAAGGGUCUGCUCUCGUCCGUUAGCUCGCACUCGUUUAGCAGAAGAACAAAGCCGGGCGGGGCGAAGAAGUCUUCAUCUGAGGUGGACACCAAGGGCUGGUUUUUGGAAAAACAGGGCAAGCUGGACCAGGCGGAGCUCAUGUACUCCAGGCACUGCGUCCGCGCCCAAAAGAACCACGGGAAGGAGUCGCUCUCCCUCGCGGACAACCUCGACCGGCUGGUGCACGUUCUGCACAAGGAGGGGAAGCUGGAGGAGGCGGAGCCUUUGUGUCGCCGGGCCCUGAACAUCAGGCGCAAGUCUUUGGGGGACGACAACGAGCAGGUGGCUACGGCGAUGGUAAAGCUCGGCCGCGUGUUGGAAGAGAAGGGGCAGUACACCGACGCCCUGAUCUACCUGAAGAAGGGCUUGACCAUACGGGAGAAGAUUUUGGAGGAAGGCCAUCCGGACACUGUCUCCGCUCUCGCUUGGAUAGGGGACAUCUGCCAGAAGCAGGACGAAUAUGAGGAAGCGUUAGAUAUCGCCAAGAAGGUGUUGCAAGCACACGAGGCGACGCUUGGUCCGGACGACAUCAAGGUGGCGUCCUCCCUCAACAACGUGGCGGGCCUCCUGGCAACGACCGGGAAGCCCGAGGAAGCCCUGCCGCUCUUCGCCCGCUCGCACGACAUAUACGUCAGGCACCUCGGGGAGAACCACCCGCACUCGGUGGCCACACAGCUCUGGGUGCAGCAGCUCUCGGCGCCCGCCCCGCCGCCCCGCCGCGCGCGCCGCCCGGCGUACCCCCCCAGGGGGGACGCGCGGAGCCCCCCCCCGCCGCUGAUCGAGGAGAGAAACGGGGAAGAGGAAGAGGAUGCGACCGACCACGAGCCGGUGUCGUUUUGAUGCACGGGGGGGGGCACAGGCAGAUCGAUCGCGUCCCUAUUGGCCUCUUCGUUGUUCGUCGGUGUGUGUUGUUGUAAAUUUAACGGGUGCUCCGGUAGAGAGCAGGGUAGGGAAAGAAGGAGCGGGGGGGGGGAGGUUCCAGGAGAAAUUAGUCUCGGAGGGUGCCCUUUUUACUCUCCCUCUUUUCUUGUAGUUGAUCGCACAGAACGGACAAAAGAGUGUAGGCGGGGGACGGCCUCUCCCUUCUUCUAUACAAGCAUUUUUUUUGUUGUUGUUUCUGGAGUUUUAUCGGCGCGUUUUGUCUUUUUGCGCCCCGUUCUUUCAGGCUAUAAUCUGAAGUUAUACCCUUUCUAGAAACCACCGUUAUAAACCCUUCAUGUUUCGGCCGGCAGAGCCUGUCAUUUCGACAUGUAUUGCUUGUCCGCAUUGGUACGAUACUUUUUUUUCACAGGUGCUUCAGGUUGAGAGUCAAAUGAGGCCGUGUAACAGCGAUGCCCCCCCCCGCAGGCUGUAUUUUGUGUAUUUCACGGAUUAUUCCAGCAAUUCUUAAUAACCGGGCCUUCUGCCUGUGCGACCGUUCUGAUACAUGUCUGGAGUAUUGUUGGCAGUCCUUCAGUGAGGGAGGGGUACGAGGAAGGAGGGUAUCUUCGCAGCGUGUGCGCCUCGGCCUUAUCGCCCGCGAUGGUAGAAGGUAGACCGCUGGAGGGCGAGGGUCGGGCUGGUGGCGGUUCCUCUAAGCUAAUCGUAUGUCUUCUGAUCACAAUGGGGCGUGUCUUUUUUAUGAACCGGGACAUGCGAAGUGCUGCUAUUGAGGGAGAGAAAUGACGGUGUGUCGCUCGCUUGAAGCACUGGACGGGUCUCUCUCACUCUCUCUCUCUCUCUGUCUCAAGAGCUGUGAAACGUUCCGAUUUCUUUUUUUUCGUACCCCAGCAGUUGAGCCGAGUCGAACCCGUUUCUUUCCCAGUGUUACGUGCCAGACGAUUGCCUUUGUCCUGUGACCUGUCCAUUCGUGUGGUACGCUCGUGCCUUGUGGAACGAGAUCACGCGUGCUGCUGUGGCUUGCCGAUCAUGCAUGAACGUUCUUUGGCUCUCGCGCCAUCAAUCGGUCGUCGAUAAAUCGAUCGUCGAUACAACGGUUUCUCACGCCGGGAGGAGACAGCGAGGAGAACCGUUCGGGGCGUGGAUGCAGGUGCAGUGUGUAGACAAAACACGUCACACCAGCGAUAAAGUUUCAUCGUUUCAUCAACAAGACACGGAACGAUCACAACAUAAGUUUUCUCGUUCAUCCACCUGCGGCUAUCUACAUAUCUGGCGAUUAUUUUUUCCGAUGUGUCUCUUCCCUGAAGUAAAUCAAUAGAGGCGUGUGAGGACGUCACACGCUAGGUACAUGCCCCUUCCGAGAGAGAAUUGCAACUAAGACGGGGAAUGAGGGAAAGGAGUACAAGACUUGCCGCACAAACCGCUUGCGCUGGAAGAUAACCCUACACGACUCUCGCUCAACGCGCCCGGCACGCAAAUACUUGUUGGCUUGCCACCACAAAAACAGAAACAACCGAAGGCGGGAACAUCACCGAAAACAAACAAAAAAACAACACGAUAACGACAAUGACAACAAGAUUUACCCGUAUCGGUUGCUCAUUGCAUUCCUCGCAUGCCAAGUGCCAAAAACUUAAAACAAAAACGAAUACUACCCUUUUCUUGCUAAUAGUGUGUGUGUUCUUUAGGUCU